GUUGAGGUUCCAGCUGAGUUUCAUCAAGGACCAACCCCCCCACCAAGUUAAGCUUUAGUGGGGAAUACAGCAACUUCUUCCACAGCAACAAGUACGCCGUGCUUUUUGGCGCUAAAUUGCGAUUCUUCCUGAUAUCUUUUUCAAUAGAGGUAUUCUUUGGGCUUGCCUAGCGAGAAAGGGAACUUUUCUUUCCAGCCAUGUCGUAUAGAAGGGAACUGGAGAAGUACAGAGAUGUGGACGAGGACGAGAUUCUUAAGCAGCUCUCGGUGGAGGAGCUGAAGAGUCUGGAGGAUGAGCUGGAGGAGCUGGACCCUGAUAAUGCCCUCCUGCCUGCUGGACUGAGACAGAAGGACCAGACCAAAAAGACUCCCACCGGCACCUUUAAACGGGACAACCUGCUGGCUCACUUAGAGAAGCAGGCUAUAGAGCACCCAGACCAGGAGGACACAGUACCCUACACUGGCGAGAAGAGAGGGAAAGCGUGGGUGCCCAAAAAGAAGCCAGCUGAUCCUAUAAUGGAGAAUGUCACUCUAGAACCGGAACUGGAGGAGGCUCUCGCCAACGCUACUGAUGCAGAGCUGUGUGACAUUGCAGCCAUCCUCGGAAUGCACACGCUGAUGAGUAACCAGCAGUAUUAUGAAGCACUUGCCAGCAGCACCAUAGUCAACAAAGAAGGCUUGAACAGUGUAAUUCAGUCUCCUCGGUACAAAACGGUCCCUGAUGAAGAUCCAAACUCAACCGAUGUAGAAGAAACCCUUGAAAGGAUGAAAAACAAUGACCCGGACCUUCUGGAGGUCAACCUUAACAACAUUAAGAACAUUCCUGUGCCGACAUUAAAAGCCUACGCCGAAGCUCUGAAAAGCAACAGCUACGUUCAAAAGCUGAGCAUAGUGGGAACCAGGAGUAACGACCCUAUAGCAUUUGCUCUGGCUGAAAUGUUAAAAGUUAACAACACUCUAAAAUGUCUCAAUGUGGAGUCAAACUUCAUCACAGGAAAUGGAAUUAUUUCUUUAGUAGAAGCUCUCCAAUGCAACACAUCUCUUAUUGAAUUAAAAAUUGACAAUCAGAGUCAGCAGCUUGGUAACAAGGUGGAAAUGGAGAUUGCAAGCAUGCUGGAGAAAAACACCACACUGCUGAAAUUCGGCUACCAUUUCACCCAGCAAGGGCCUCGGCUUCGGGGGUCCAACGCCAUGAUGAACAAUAACGACCUUGCUCGCAUGAAUCGAUGUGAUGGUCCCUGGCAUAACUUUUCAGCUGUGGAACUAGAAGUGGAUUGCGGAAGAGAAGACUCGAAGGAAUAAAUGGUCCCAUCUUCCCUAAGUGCCGGAUAAACAUGUAAACGCAGUGGAAGUAGAGAGCUUGGCUUCAUAGACAAAAUAUUGCAUCCUAACUGACUGUGCUCUACUGUGGAAAUCCAAAGGAAGACUUGCCUUCACAAAAUACUCAUGGCGCUCCUUGUGUUUUGCAGUAUUAUGCACAGAUUUAAAUUUGUAGCAGAAGGUUCCUUUUCUAAAAGAUUGCGUAAUGCCUGAUUUUUCAGAUCACAAACAAGUAAAUCAAAAUCAAACCAGGUUUCCCUUUUUGGAAAACAUGCACCUGGAACCUUUCCACCAGUCAGUAUUUGACAGGUAACUAUUCUAUGAUGAAGCCAUAGAGUUAUGGUUAGAUUAUUGUGUGAAUUAAAAAGUUUGUGAUAUGCAUGAGCAAACAACUAUUGUGGAAAUAUAAAACACUUUGAACCUGGUUCCCCUCACAAACUGUUGUUUGAAUAACAUAAACUAUAUAUACUACUAGAUAGAAAAUACACUUGAUUUAUUAUGUUCAAUCACAAACCCUGUGAAACCGUGUAGGCCAUUUUGCUUAACAAAACACCCGGUAUAAUUUUAGUGCAUACUUCAGUAUAUGUACCCUGGUGCCAAACCCAAAGUAAUAUGGCUAUGCAUACAAAAGCGUUUUCAUGCAACUGCCAACAAUGUACUGUUGUGUAUUGAAUCGGAUAUAUGUGAAAUAACACUGAGCUUUGGCCCUAUGUUUCAAAUGUUAUUAAGCAGGUCUUGUUUUUAAUGAACUGAUCAAUUGUCCAACAUAACUGAAUAUAAACAGCAAGUUCUGCAAAAGCAACGCCAAGCAAACCUUUUUAUAUUUAGAUUAUUUUAACCAAAACAGGUAUUUUAAAUAACAUUUUGUUACAUAUCAAGAUAGGGAAAAAAGAGUUCUACUUGCCAAGUGCCAAAUAAUUACAUUUUUCUAUUGAAGGGGAAAAAAAUCUCUAUUUGCUGAGGUAUGAAGUGUUAAUAAUGGGUCAGAUAUUCAAAUGUGUUGCAAGUUUUGCCUGGGGCAGUUGCUGGGGUUGUUUGUGACACCCUUUCCCUGUCGAAUAAUUAGCUCUGAAGCAGGUCCACCACCAGUGGAUCUGGCAGAUUUUUCAAUCGGAGAAUUUUUAUCUAACUCAAAUUUCAAAUCAUAACUUUUUUUUUUUAAAUAUCAACUAUAUCCAGUGGAACAGUUGAAACAGCAUUACGUUAUCUGGGGAGUGGGUGAAAACCAGUCGAAGUCAAAACUGCCUGGACGGGGCACACCACCUUGAAAACUAUAUCACACGAUUACUCGGUCUUAAGCAUUUUAUCAUUAUAUUACUUUAUACUUCUUUAUAAUAGUGUAGUAUAAUUAGACGUUUCUCAUUGGAUUAGCGCCCGGUCCGGACAGGUUUGUCUUGACCCGGGAUUAUUUUGAUUGAUAAAAAUAUGAAAAGGAUCAUUAUUUUUAAUAUAUAGACCGUAGUGAUGGAGUUAUCGAGUGUAAUAGUAUUUAAGACGUUGAACAUUGUUUUAGUGUCCUGUCCGGGCAGUUUUGUCUUGGUCUGGAAGGAUUUAAGUAUACAGUAGUCACCGGCUAAGAGAACACCCCUCGGUAAGCAAGCGAAGUGUUCUCUAAGACGGAGUUAGCCACCAGACACAAUAUCAAUCAAUCAAUCAAUCAAUCAAUCAAUCAAUCAAUCAAUAAAUAAAUACAUACAUACAUAUUACUUGUCAUGAUGCACGUGCAUCCACAUAUUAAAUGAAAAGCAAAACAAUAGGCAACUGUAUGCUAAUAAACUAUAAUAAUAAAGUUUAAAAAAAUUAAGACAAACUAACGUUAAUAAAACUAAAGCAAAACAACACGGUCAAAAACACCAAAUUGCUCAGCGACUUGUGUCUGAUUCAGAAUUUUUUUUUUUUUUUUUCCCAAGAGUACUAACAAUUUUCAACUUUGUGUAGCAAGAGAAACAGCGGCACAUUUUGCCGUUUGUUUACAUGCCAUUUUGUAGCUGACGGCGGUUCUGUAAAGAUUUAAUAAACCAAUCAGUGUCCCUCAAGUCACUCUGGCGAAGGCAAGUUGCUUUUUUACAAAACAGUACUGUAUCCAUGGUGAACGAAUCGCUAUUGGUGCCAUCCGAGCAUUUACAAUGGGGAAAAAUCAUUUUCACCGCAGGGGUGUUCCCUUAGGCAAAGUGUUCGCUUAGGAGGUAUUCCUAUACGCGGAGACUACUGUAUAAUAUAUAUAUAUAUAUAUAUAUAUAUAUAUAUAUAUAUAUAUAUAUAUAUAUAUAUAUAAUAUGAAAACUCAUGCAAUAACUAUUUUUAAUAUGUACACUACAGUCAGAGUAAUACAUUUAAUAAGUUGUGCAUUGUUUAGUGGCAAAUAUUUUAUUCACCCUUGGAUUUGUUUUUCCCUUUCCAAACAAUUUGUCUUCAGUUUCUAAGACUGUCUGCUAUUAUUAUAAUCUCCCCAGUAAAGCGGCCCGUUCUGUGCUUGGAAACACUUUGAGCCAUUGUCUCUCCUCAAUACACCAAUACACCUACAUCAGUUGGGUGUAGUCUGAGUUGUGAUGCAUUUCCUGUUUAGAUUCAUAUAAAUGAUUUCAUUUCCGCUGCCUUAGAAUAUUCGCAUUUUCCAGGGAACGCUUUUGAAUUUCACAGACUUGCAAAUAUAUAAGAUAUUCACAAUGCAAUGAGUUCCAUAAGAUCUUUGAAUAUCUGACCCAUAUUGCACAACUGUAGUCCUUGGGUAGCCUAUAUAUAUAUAUAUAUAUAUAUAUAUAUAUAUAUAUAUAUAUAUAUAAUUAACCAGAUCAUAUUAGUAUUUAUUAUUGUAAUUAUUGUUCAUAUAGAGCAAUCGCUGUAGAUAUAUAGAAUAUUUAAAGUGGCUAGGUGCUGUGUCAAAAUGUGCAUUGGAAAAUAUUUAGUUAUUGGUUGAAAAACCUGGACUCAUGGAUGUACCCAAGAAAAAAGUUUGGAAAAGUUGUAAGAAGUUUAAAAAAGUUCUACCGUUUUGUUCUGUAUCGUCUUGUGUGUGAAUUUUGUAUUGUACAGUAUACUGCAGGGAGAGAUUGAAUCUGGUUUCUGGUCUAUACGCCAUCUGGUGGAUAUCAGCCAUCACUGCACCUACAGCAAGAUGAUUCAGAAGACAGAUGCAUUUUCUUGUUGUUUAAAACUACUUACACGUGCACAAACAGUCUUCAAGUGAUACUGUCCUUCACAAUUCAAUAUAAAGUUGCAUGAAACCUCGAGUUGUACUACUGAGAAACAUUUGGCACUGAAAUAAAUAAUUGUUUUAAGUUACUACAGUGUUGACGCCUAAAAUGGUUUCUGUGAUAUUGUAAUCUGUGCAUUUCUGCUUGAACAAUAAAAAAUAAAAAGUAUUAUGUUUUUGA